AUUCGCAAGUAUACAAUUACGACUCCACGGCGGCGGGUUUCUCACAAUUCCUCUCUGCCUGCCUCAACUCCACAACCAAAACAAUUAAAAUCAGCGUUAUGUCGUUGGAAAUUUUAAAACGUAAUUUUUAGCUUAAUUGGCGAGAUAUUCUGUUAUUCCCAAAGAAUGGCUCACCAAAAACAGUAUGGGUUGAUUCUUUCGGAUAAAGCGAAACCAAAAACAGACCCUCAAAAAAAGCCAGCUUCAAAUGUAUUUGGAGAGGAUAGUUCGGGCGACGAAGAAAGUAAUGUUGACUGGGUUAAACAAUCCCUCAAGAAACAAAGUCAUGGGAGCAUGCAACAAAAAGCGUCAAUGAAGGUCAUGAAGGAAGCGUUGGAAGACGACCCCUCAGUUUACGAAUAUGACGGAGUAUACGAUGAAAUGACCAAAAAGAAAGAGGCAUCAAUAGAGAAAAAGAAAGCGGAUAAAAAACCCAAGUAUAUCGAAGCCCUGUUGAAGACGGCAAAGCAACGGGAGCUUGAAAAUGAGCUACGAAAGGAGAGAGAAGCUCAAAAGGAGAGAGAACAGGAAGGUGACGAGUUUGCGGAUAAGGAGGCCUUUGUGACAUCUUCAUUCAAAAAGAAGAUGAAGGAGUUGCGGAAAAUGCAGGAUGAUCAAGCUUAUCAGGACGCUAUAGAUGAUGUAACUGAUGUCACUAAGCAGAAGGACAUGUCUGGAUUUUAUAGACAACUUUACAAAGACACAGUCAAGGAUAUGCCUGCUGUAGAAACUAGAGUCAAAGAGGAAGCUGGAUUAUCAUCAAAUCUUCCUCUUACAACUGUUAAACGGGAAGUUAGCCAGAGCCCUGACAGAAAUAUGCGUAGAAACUCGGAAGAUAAGCCCAAAAUCACUGAAAAAAGUCCCCACAGUAAUGAUAAUGAUUCUCGUAGAAGAAAAAGGUCGCAUAGUGGCAGCCGGGAGAGGCAAAUGAAACGGCGACACGCCAGUCCUCUUUCUAAUAAAAGCAGACGUGACUCUUAUAGAGAAAGAGACUUUCGGGAAAGGAGCAGAAGUAGGGAUAGGCACGUUUACAGGCAUGAACGACGACGCCACUACUCUGACAGACGAAGAAGAUCACGAAGUCGAAGUAGAGAACGCGACCAAGAUAAUAAGAGGCGACAAUCCAGAUCACCGGAUAGACAUCGACAAAAUCAUCGUGACAGGAAUGUUAAACGUGACGACGCCAAGGACAGCAAUAAAGACAAAGAAGCGAGAUCUGAAAAAGACAAGAAAAAAGAAGAUAGCAAGAAGGUGGCAGAAGAACCUGUUGAAGACGAUGGAAAAAUUAAAAUUAUUCAAAAGGAAAACUGGUAUGAUUUCGAUGUUGAAAUUGAAAGGAAUGUCAAAACGUCAUUUUAUGCUAAGCGUACAGUUGGCAAAGUUUUUGAAGAGGCCCUGCAAAGAUACUUAGAGCGCAAAUCUACAAAUCAAGUUGUAAUUUAUAAGUGAGUCCCUUAUUUUUAGUUGUAUUUUAUUACUUAUUCUUAUGUAUGACGUAAGUUGGGGGUGAUAUAUUUCUCCCACUUCCAAUUGUGAUAAUAAUAACUGUUUUUAUUUUAGUAAUUUAGUAUUUUUGGAAAGUAUAGCUUGACGUUAUUCUUGUUACCAAGAUGAAAAUGUAAUAAAGCUUUGUAUAAAUCAUCA